ACAUUGAAAAUAAAAGGCCGUUCGGUCUCAAACAUCGAUCUUUCCUCUGCCCUAAUUGACGACUUCAUGCUGUGAAGGGGAUCACGGCCUUGUAUCAAGUUUCUUAGAUUUGCGGCUUGAGACUUUAGGUACUUGUCAUUGGUGGCUGUCUAUUUCUUCUUCAAGCGGCAAUGGAGGAAUAUGAUAGAGACCAGGGUUAUGAAGAUUAUGAUGAUUACGAGGAUGAGGGACUAGAGCAAGAAUAUGGUUAUGAAGAGGAGGGAGAGGGGGAAUAUGAAGAGGAACAACCUCCUAAACCGACAAAGGAAGAACUGGAGUAUCUUGAAUUGAGGCAGAAAUUGAAAGAAUCGAUUAGAAAACAGAUGAAGAAGGAGAGCAGUACAUCGCAUGCCGGUUCAAGUGAAAGGGAGAAAAAGCUUCCUUACGAUAAUUAUGGGUCUUUUUUUGGUCCUUCUCAACCUGUUAUCGCGCAAAGAGUCAUCCAAGAGAGCAAGUCAUUGUUAGAAAACCAGCAUUUGGCAUCUAGGCUUUCUAACCCACUUCAUAUUAGCAAGAACAAAAACAAAGUAUCUAAUGGGGUAUCAAAAUCGGCAGUUCAUAAUCAGCUACCCAAAGUCAGCCAGGUGAAGCUUAAAGCCCAGAAAAUUAAGGAUACAAGGGAUUACUCCUUUCUUUUGUCUGAUGAUGCAGAGCUUCCAGCCCCUGCUAAAGAGCCUCCCCCUAGGAAUAUGUCUGCCCGAAGUUCUGAGGCACGGCCAGCUCAAGUACAAGGAAAGAGUAAACAGCCUUUGAGCAGUAGUGGCAAGCAUGUUACUGGUGGUCGUGAGGACAGAAAACUGGGUUCUGUGUGUGGCCAAUUACCUCCUAAAGCAGGGUCCAAUAAUAAGGUAGCUUCUACCAGUAAGCCCAGUAUGGCAUCAGCAGAUUCAAGAAAACAGCUUGGAAACAACAGUGUGAAUGGACCUGGCCGGCCGGUGGCACCAAAGGGCUUGCCUCCAAAGAUGCCUGUUGGUAUCAUGAGUAAUAAGUCUUUGACGCCUGGUAUAAAAGGCCCUGUAAAUGCUGUGCAGAAACCACUCAUUUCGAAAGCUCAUUCAUCUAUUUCAAAGCAGAGUGUGGAACAAAGAAAAGACACAAGGGAAAAGCCUAAAAUGAUGCCCAAACAGCCAGUGGCAUCUUCAGCUCCUCAGAAAUUGAGGCCACCUACACAGGUUCCAACACAUCGUGCAGUCCAAGAUCAACGUCCCAAGAAGAAGCCUGUAAGACGGCCCUUUGAAGAUGAUGAUGAUGAUGAGGGUCAAAGGGCUAUUAGCAUGAUCAGAAGAAUGUUUCACUACAACCCCAACAAAUUUGCUGAUGACGAUGAGGAUGAUAUCAACAUGGAGGCAGGUUUUGAUGAUAUUAUGAGGGAAGAAAGGAGGAGUGCGAAAAUUGCCAAGAGAGAGGAUGAAGAGCAACUCCGGUUGAUAGAGGAGGAGGAAGAAAGAGAGCGGAGAAGACGAAUGGCCAAGUUAAAGAAGCGUGGGAAAGACGUCCCUGUGUAGGAGCAGGGGAAUGCAUGCAUGUUGUGAUAUUUUUGACAUGCCUUGGGCACAUUGAUGGAUGGUUAAAGAUGAUUACUUUCACAACUAAUAAGAAUCAUUUGAAUCGCCCAAUUCUUCGUAAAAAAGGAAAAAAGGAAAGAAAAAGCUGGGAAUCCCUUUUUGAUUUUAGGCGAUACAAUUUGGGAAUUUCAGUAGGUGGACGGACUUUAGACGAGUUUGUAGUUAAAAUUGCCGAAGAUCCUCGAAGGACUAACAGAAAUGCUUACGCUCAAAAGUACGUAGCGGAAUGAAGGAGUAUUUCACUAUUUUAUGACGUGGGAAAACUGCAAAUUUUAAAGUUGCUGAUGACGUGUUCAUUUGUUAAGGUGGAGGAUGUCCAAGUGUCCGCACCUCUAAUAAUCAAGAAGGGCAUUCAGGCCCCAAAGAAAGAACGGCAUAAAAUCCCACAAGAGCUAAUCUUUCGCGAAGAUCUGUACGACUUGCUUUUCUUAUUGGGCGAUUUGUUACGAAGUUUCAAGGAAAUCGCAAUGAUAAUAAAGAAACUUAUGACAAGUUUGAAAAUAAAAAAGAUAACUUUAUAGUUGUUA